GCUCACACAGAAGGAGAGCAGUCAUGGGUGAUAUAGUUCUGAUGGCAGACCUGCCAACCUGCAGCAUGUGUUCAGACAAACUCAAGGAGAUGAAUUCAGAGUACUGCAGCUGCAAUGUGAAGCCUUCACAGAUGGAGAAGACUCAAGUGAAUGGGGUCUCUCUGAUCAAGACCAAAGAAGACAUGGAGAAACAGGAAGAAGGAGAGAAAGACAGUCAGACCACAGAGGAGAGCAAGAUUCAGGAAGACCUCCAGGAGUCUGAAGACCCUCAGAAACCUCAAGAGCACCAGGACGUUUUGGAGGACGUGCUGGGACCAGAUGAUGUGGUGUGUGAUGCCUGCAUUGACCGCCCGUGUCAGGCCAAGAAGUCGUGCCUGACCUGCCUGGUGUCGUACUGUGAGGCUCACCUGAGGCCGCACCUGGAGAACGUCAAAUUUCAGAGCCACAAGCUGGUGGAGCCGCUGCGAGACAUCGAGAGACGCACAUGUGAGACUCACCACUGUCCACUGGAGCUGUACUGCUGCGCUGAUGCGUUGUGUGUGUGUCAGGAGUGUAUAUUAGAGGUCCAUCGUGGACACAACACAGUUGUCAUCACUGAAGCACGCAGGAAAAUAGAGAGAGAGCUUCAGGACAAACAGACAGAAAUGGUGAAGAUGGUCACAGCAGCUGAUAACGCCAUUAACAAACUACAAGUCAACGCUGUGUCUAUUGAGGCGUCUGUGAAAGAGGUGCAUGGCGUGAUCGAUGAGCAGUUCAAUGUUCUGCUGGGGGCCGUGGAGCAGGUGAAGAAGGAGGUGAGCGAGAUCUUGGAGGUGGAAGAGCGUCAGGCGCUGCAACAGGCCGAAGGAAUCCGAGUUCAUCUGGAACAACGCUGUACUGACCUGAAGAAAACACAGACACAGAUAGAGAAAAUCACCAAGAACAAAAAUGACAUUGACUUCCUGCAGGAGUAUUCAGAGUGGAAAAAGGAAGCGACUGACGUGUCUUUACCUGGUGUUUAUAUCGGCCUCAUAGAUCGACUUCAGUCCUUCAGCCGCAUCAUCACGCAAUCCACAAAAGAGAUGUGCGAUAACCUGCUCACCUCAUAUACCAAUAAACUUAAAGGCACCAGCAAAAACGAUAAUGUGGGCAUAAAGACGAAGGUUUAUUCCAUUAAUGCUGCAAAACAGAACAUGAACAUGCCUAACCCGAAGACCAGAGAUGACUUCCUUAAAUAUGCCACGCCACUGUGCUUUGACGCAGAUACAGCGCAUCAGUUUCUUCGUCUCACAGAAGAGAAAAAGAAGGUCACAAACACGACACCAUGGCAGCACAGCUAUCCUGACGUCCCUGUGCGCUUCCAGCACUUGCGACAGGUGCUGACGGUGGAAAGCUUCUACCUAGGCCGUCAUUAUUUCGAGGUGGAUAUGCGAGGAGAAGGAACGCACGUCGGCUUGACGUACAAGAGCAUCGACCGCAAGGGUUCUGAGAGCAACAGCAGCAUCUCGGGGAAUAACUUCUCCUGGUGCCUGCAGUGGAACGGCCGGAGCUUCUCCGCAUGGCACAGUGAUGUGGAGACGCCGCUCGGCGUCCAGAAAGUGUCACGGAUCGGCGUGUAUGUGGACUACCCUUCUGGCAAGCUGGCGUUCUAUGAUGUGGAGAAUAGCAUGGCCCUCAUCCACCAGUUCCAGGCAGAGUUUCUCGAGCCGCUCUACCCAGCGUUCUGGCUUCCCAAGAAGGAGAACGUUGUGGUUUUGGUGGAGCCUGGAGGAGGGCUAUCUCAGACAACCCCGUCUCCUGUUUCCUCUCCUCCAUAAACCCCAAGAUGUGUCAUACAGGGCUGGACUGGUAAUACCGGGCAUUUUCCCGGUGCCCCAACGCACUUUGGGGCCAAACAGGGGCGGACUGGCGAUCGUAAGAACAGAACGGGCCGGUUGGUUGGCCACGAAACGGACCGAAUGGGCCGCGAUAAGCUAAAAUGAGCCGCCGCGUUCCACAAAACGGCAUUGCGACCCCCCCCCUCCCCCUCAACAACUUUUGGGCCAGUCCCGGGCCGAUUUCUCUUCCCAGUCCAGCCCUGGUGUCAUAUUGUAUAUAGGUCAUUCCUGCCAUGCAGUACAUUUCAUGUCCUCAUAUGUCUCAAUGUUUUGGAUAAAAUAUUAUACUCACUAUUUUGAAAGAUGUUCGCUAAAAUUACAAGAAUUGGUACGAUAAUAAUAUCCCAAUUUCACAGGUUAAAAAAAAAGAUAAAUAUUACCUUUAAGUUAACGCAACUUUAACUUGCAACUUUCGCUCUUUUUUAUUGACUUGCUAUUCUGUAUCUAAUAAUCAAGAUAUAAUUGAUAUAUUUUAAGAACCUGCACUUGACCAGGGCAACACUUCUGUAGAAAUACUUUAAAGUAACAGAUGCUGCCUUUAUGUGUCUAAGCAUAGUGUUGCACAAGAGACCAAACCCAGAUGACGUAGCUGAAGAUUAUGGUGCCGUUCAUUAGGGUUGCUCAUGGGUAUGAGUGUCUUUACUGUCUGUAUGCUGCUGUUACUAUUUGUUCCUCUUUACAUCAUCAACAAAAGAAACAUCAUGUGUCUAUGCAAAUAAAAACUGCAAUUGCAACGGAGAGAUGUGGGUUUUUCUUCCUGUGUUUUGUUAAAGUGUGCCACAACCGGUUCCAUCAGUAUAGAUAUAAUGUUAGAAAGUGUAACGUAAUGAGGUAAUGUCUGAGAAGGUUCCUUACAUGACUGAUGCUUGUUCUUUAAACAUUUAUAUUAAGAAUGGAUUUCAAAACCGAAUCAAUGCAUUCACGUCUGUAACAAAUAAAACUCUUACUGCAUG